UUGAACCACAUCGUGGUAGAUACAAUAAUUUUAAUAAAGUGUGUGUGAAUAAAUAUAUUCUUCGACCAUUGCAUACUGCUAAAGCAUUAAUUUGCUGCAGUAAUUUUAAAAAUAUAUAAUUUUUUUCAAUAUAAUUUUGCAUUUAACAUACUAUUCCGAAAUAUUAGAGUGUGUUUUCGAGAUCUCAAAUACAUAUUACUUUUUUCCGACAUGAUGAUAUUCUUGAAACUAUUAUUAAGUAGCGGAUUAAUUUUUAUCGCUGCGACGGCUUUCAUUCGUAAUGAAUCUCGAUGUUAUGAACCACCAAAAUAUGUAAAACCAAUACAUUACGAUAUCAAGUUUAAAUCAGAAAUUGAAGAAAAUAUUUUCUAUGGAGAAUACAAUAUCAGCAUAAACAUUCUUAACAAAACGCAACACAUAUAUUUGCAGUUAGAAAAAUUAUGUAUUUACAAUAUAUAUUUAUUUACAAAUAAUAGAAAUUAUGAGAAUGAGAAAGAUGCAGUAUAUAAACCAACAUAUAAUCGUAAUGAAGACACAAUUAAUAUUGUCUUUGGAGUUGAAUUAUCACCAGGAAAUUAUACUUUAUAUAUAGAAUAUUCUGGUAAAUUUGAUAAAAGCUUCGGAAUUUUUAAUGUGAAAAGAAAAACAACUAGGAUAGCUGCUCUGCAUUUCCACAUAAUAGGCUCUCAACAAUUAAUUCCAUGUUGGAAUUACCAAUAUUCAUUAGAAGCAACAUUUAGCAUAUCUAUAAAAUGUAAUCAAUGCGUGGCUUUGUCAAAUAUGCCAUUGCCAAAUAUUGAAAGAGAUAAGAACAAUGUGUUAUGGACACACUUCAAUACCACACGUGCAAUAUCGCCUAAUCUCGUAACAAUGCUUCUAUCUAAUAAUCUAAUCAAUCUUGAUGACAAAACUCGAGGAAUUAACAUGUGGGGCAGACGCGAAUCUAGAUUAGACAUACAAUAUGCAGAAAGUGUAGCUGAAGAUAUCACGUUGUAUUUUCAAACUUAUUGGAAUCGUUCUAACAGUAUUACGCACGUCACUCAUGCUGUAAUUCCUAAUUUCCAUGAUAAAAGCAUCAUAGUAUUCGGACUUGUUCUUUAUAGGGAAGUAGAUAUCAUCUUUAAUACAGUAUUAUAUCCAGUUGCUCGCGCAAUCCAAGUAGCUCAAUUAGUAGGACAUAAAGUGGCACAGGAAUGGUUUUAUAAUCUUAACAAUCCGUUUCGGUCGACUUUUUGGUUUAAUGAAGGUCUUACUGGAUUGCUUGCAACAAUUGCUGUCGAUAAGAUUUAUCCAAGAUAUCGAAUAAUGAAUUUAUUUGUUGUUCAAAAUCAACAUAAUUCUUUUUCUUUGGAUAGUGAUUAUCAUAUGUGGAAUUCUUCUGUACGAGAUGAUAGUUUAUUUAACAUUCGCAAAUCCAUCAGGGCACCUUUUUUACUGCGCAUGAUACAACACGCCUUAACCGAAGAAUUAUUUUGGAAAAGCGUCCUCCCAUAUGCAUUUAGCAACUUCUGACAUUAUUUCAGAGUUUCUUUAGUUUAACAAGUUUUUAGUUUUUUUUUUAUUUUUCUAGCUCCUGUAUUAGAUUUAUAUUUGAUUUCAUUACUUUUACUACAAAACUGCUUUUGCAGAAAGAAACUGUUGUUUUAUCGUUGUGUUUGUCACUUUUUCAUUUACAUAUCUAUUGUUGUCCCUUUUAUUAUUGU